CUGCUGGUCUUUGAAUGCAGCACCGUUGGCAGUUCUCGUGCAUCUGCAAGUAGCGUUUCAGUUUGAAUCGUCUGCAAAGCGAACGCCUCAAAAUGCCUGUAGAUUUGAGCCAGUGGACCGGGCCUCUUGCCCUACAGGAGGUCGAGGAAAAGCCUGCAAAGCCCCUGACAGUAAAAUACGGAUCUGUGGAAAUAAAUGAGCUGGGAAAAGUGCUUUCUCCAACACAGGUGCAGAAUCGACCCACCUGCAUCGAAUGGGAAGGAUGUGACUCCAGUAAACUGUACACUUUGGCCUUGACCGACCCCGACGCUCCCAGCAGGAAGGACCCCAAAUUCAGGGAGUGGCACCACUUUCUGGUAGUCAACAUGAAAGGAAACGAUGUGUCCUCUGGCUGCGUCAAGUCGGACUAUGUGGGCUCUGGCCCUCCUAAGGGCACAGGUCUCCACAGGUAUGUGUGGCUGGUGUAUGAGCAGUCAGGCACCCUGUCCUGCAGCGAGCCUGACCUCACCAACCGCUGCGGAGACAACCGUGGCAAAUUCAAGAUCCAGAGUUUCAGGGAGAAAUACAGCCUGGGAGCCCCAGUGGCGGGAACUUGCUACCAGGCUGAGUGGGAUGACUAUGUUCCUAAACUGUACGAGCAGCUGUCUGGAAAAUAAAAAAACAAAGGACUCAACAGAAUGACCCCAACAGCAUUAAUAAAAACUAUUAUUUUCCCACUGUUGCCUACUCAUGCUGUGACAAAAAUAAACAACUCCUUGGCAUAAACCUGACCUGUACUCAGCUGCAAUAAAUCUGAUGGACAAUGAAA